AUGUCAACAGACCCCAAGGAUUACGCUGAAAUUGUCGAUAUCCCUACACCAGGCCGUAAAGGCAAGAAGCGCGUCGUCUGGAGCGAAGAUGAAUCCAGACGGGAGUCGGAGAGGUCAUCAGCAAACCUCUCGGCUGGCCCAAUUAGUCAACCGAUUGCCUCUCCCGGCAGUGUCCCAAGAAUUCCAAGGCCAGUUUUGAGACGGAAUACGAGUUACAAUGUGCCCCAGGAACAAGAGGAGGCAGACAAGGCGGAGAAGCAUGCCACGGAGCGGCAGCUUCGAUCCAUGACUGACGCACGGCAACGGGCGGAUCGAUUGGCUGUGUCAGUGGGCGCCUUGUACUCGCAAUCUGCCCCAGGAUCAAGACGAAACUCCAUCGAACUUGAACGAGCAUUCCAGCCCGUCAUUAACGUCUCAGACGAUCAUGAUCCAGACCUGGAUGACGCCGCUAUCACCACGACCAGUAGCAGCAGUACUGCUACUCUCAAGGAACCCUACUCUCUCAACACACACUCCACGAUUCAUCGCACCCCCCAUAGCUCCCGUUUGUACCAGCCACAUGAAGAGCAUGACAGAGCGGAGAUGCUGGUCAACUCUCAUGCUAAAAACCACCUGUUCCACCCACAAUUCUCGGCAACAUCUGGAAGAUCAACCCCAGUCAUAAUGCAGGCCUACGCCCAAGACUACGUUCCCAGGCCCUCUUCCUAUCGUGGAGGCAUCCUCUCUUCUCUGCUCAAGCUUUACCGCGAUGACAACGGCGCCGACCACGGUCCAGGUAGCAGCGGGUUCACUACUCCUACUACAACGCCCUCAACACCCAUCAUGUCUCCGCAUCCCUCGCCUCCGAAUUCUAGACGCCCCUCGACUGUCAGCACUAUCCGAUCGCGAUCAUCUAGCCGACUGAGAGGCUAUCACAAAUCUCGGGGCUCGACUUCCUCGGUUGCUUUGGGUGAGCUCCUAAAAUCAUCAUCCAUGUUUGCAGCCCCUGGCUCCAGCGAAAUAUCUGAUCGUCUCGCAGAGAAGAUCAAGAAGGAAAAGUUUGGAAAGCCAAAGAAGGAACAGAUCCGGAUCACAGUUCACAUUGCGGGUAUCAUCGCACGCCACAGAUACUUGUUGAAGCUAUGCCGUGCACUCAUGAUGUAUGGUGCUCCGACGCACCGCCUGGAGGAGUACAUGAACAUGUCCUCGCGCGUUCUCGAAAUCGAAGGCCAAUUCUUAUACAUACCAUCAUGCAUGAUUAUCAGUUUCGACGACAGCUCAACGCACACAGCAGAAGUCAAGGUAGUUCGAGUACCUCAGGGAGUUGACCUUGGCCGCCUACGAGACGUUCACAACAUCUACAAGGAUGUCGUCCACGACAAGCUUGGUGUGGAGGAAGCGACCCGACGCCUUGACGAAGUCAUUGAUCGGAAACCCAAGUUCAAGACUUGGUUCCGGGUGUUCAUGUAUGGUCUUGCCUCGGUUUGCGUCGCUCCAUUUGCUUUCCAAGGUCGCUUCAUCGAUCUGCCUAUUGCCUUUUUGCUGGGCUGCUUAGUUGGGCUUCUUCAGCUCGUCUUUGCUCCCAGCAACGAGCUCUACGCUCACGUCUUUGAGGUUUCUGCUGCUGUCAUUACGACCUUUAUCGCUCGCGGUUUCGGGUCAAUCCAAGGCGGGAAGCUGUUUUGCUUUAGCGCUUUGGCCCAAAGCAGCAUUGCCCUGAUCUUGCCUGGGUACAUGGUGCUCUGUGGAUCACUGGAGCUGCAAAGCCAUAACAUCGUUGCCGGUAGCGUUCGCAUGGUGCACGCCGUCAUCUACACUCUCUUCCUAGGUUACGGUAUCACCAUUGGAGCUUCCCUGUACGGCAUGCUCGACAGUAACGCGGCCAGUGCGACAACUUGCGACAAUCCUCUCAGCUUCAACCGCGGAUGGAAUUUUCUCUUUGUUCCAGGCUUCACGUUGUGCUUGUGCAUCAUCAACCAGGCCCAGUGGAAGCAAACACCCGUCAUGACUAUCAUGUCCCUCGCCGGCUUCUGCGUCAACAGCUAUUCAAGCCAAUACUUUGAGAGCAACAGCCAAAUCUCCAACAUGCUCGGCGCCCUAACCAUUGGUAUCCUGGCCAAUCUGUACUCGCGACUUGGACGACACGUGCAAAACGCCUGGCUAGAUCUUGUAGAGUGGUGGCAGGCGCGAGUCCAGCCUCGAUUUUCCAAGAAGAAGCAAGAGAUGCCUCCGACGCCCGACGAAGAAUCCAGCAUGGGAACACCUCCAGAUCAGCCACAGCGACUACCCAGGAAAGUCGGCUAUAGUCUUGCUGCUGCAGCCAUGCUCCCGGCCAUUUUUGUCCAGGUGCCUUCCGGUCUGGCUGCGAGCGGUUCCCUAUUGGCUGGCAUCAACUCAGCAAAUCUGCUAAACAAAAACGCAUCCUCCUCCAGCAAUUCUCAGAUCGACGGCACCGCGUUUACCGUGCUAUUGAGCGUCAUCCAAGUCGCAAUCGGCAUCAGCGUGGGCCUCUUCAUGAGUGCCUUGAUCGUCUACCCGCUAGGGAAGAGGAGAAGCGGGCUAUUCAGUUUCUAA